GAACCUCGGGAAGUCUGGUCUGCGUGUGUCGAACAUAGGAUUUGGAACCUGGGUCACCUUUGGCGGUCAAGUAACAGACGAGGUAGCAGAGGAGCUGCUGACGGUUGCCUACGAGCGAGGAAUCAAUUUCUUCGACACGGCAGAGGUCUACUCCGCGGGAAAAGCGGAAAUUGUAUUGGGGAAAAUCCUGAAGAAGAAACAAUGGAGGAGAUCGAGUUACAUCAUCUCUACCAAGAUCUACUGGGGUGGAAAGGCGGAGACGGAGAAAGGUCUUUCAAGAAAGCACAUUAUAGAAGGGAUCAAGGCGUCCCUAGGCCGUCUACAGUUGGACUAUGUCGAUAUAGUGUUCGCCAACAAAGCAGAUUCACAUGUGCCCAUGGAAGAAAUCGUGCGAGCCAUGACGUUUGUGAUCAACCAGGGAUGGGCCAUGUACUGGGGUACUUCCAGAUGGUCAACGGUGGAGAUUAUGGAGGCGUAUAGUGUAGCGAGGCAGUUCAACCUGAUCCCACCCAUCGCCGAGCAGGCAGAGUACCACUACUUCCAGAGAGAGAAGGUGGAGAUGCAGAUGCCUGAAAUGUACCACAUGGUGUGUGAAAAAUGAGAACAUCAGCCAGGUACUUCUUGGGGCUUCCACAGUGGACCAACUCUGUGAGGAUAUACAGGCCCUACAGUACGUGCCCAAGCUGACUGGAACAAUUCUGGAGGAAAUAGAGCGAAUUCUGGGCAGUAAACCAAUGAUCCGGGAGCAGUCCAGUGUUUCUAGGCGCACAUCCUCUGUAAGUGUAGAAACUAAACCUAAAGUGAAGUUCAAAAACGAUGCAACACACAGACAGUUUUUGCGCAAUUUCUCCUUGGCCAAGAUAUUCCCCUGGGGAAAAACUUGAGGUCUUUACUGGACUCCAGUUGUUGCCGCAAGCUGUUGCUGAAUGACUGGACGACAGCUUAGCUCCCCCCACAAGUGGAACUUCAGAGGCGCGGAAGUCUUUUGAGAUCCCUGCAGGUUGUUGCAUGAUUUCAAGAGAAGACACGCCAUGGAACUACUUCCAGCAUUGCAACGUGGAUCAUUAGCCAAGACAGACGAGAUCCACACGGGAUGCUGGAUACCUGCUGAAUAAGCAUUUUUUUCAUAAUGUUGAUUAUGUAUUUCAAAUAUUGCACGAAUUGAUGAAUGAGUUGUUGUUUAAUUUCAUUUGCUUGAAAGUAAUAAGUGGCAAGGUAUGGAGGAAAGUUUGAUAUCCUAAUUUUGCAAGGAAAUGUUUUGUUACUGUUGAAACCAUUGCAUUUCAAACAUUUCUCGAAAAAAAAAAUACGCUCGUUAUCUGGACAGAUACUCAACUGCUUUUAAGUAACCCAGUCGCUUGUAACCAUCCGGUGACUAAACAGGAAUUUUUGAAAAUGAAAAUGUUUCCAGCACCUUUGUAGGAGACAAUGCUUAAUUGAUAAAGUCAACAGAACAGGAGACCGUUUUGUUUUUAAAUUUUAAAUAUCUAUUCUCUGCCUUUAUCAUGCACCUGUUAUGUCUUUGUACAUUCAUUUUAUAUUUUGUGACCAAAAAGGAUGCCACAUUUUUCAGUAAAAGACAUCGAACUGUUUCUCUUUUAGCUUGAUCUUAUAAAGUCGAUCUUAUAAAGUCGAUCUUAUAAAGUCGAUCUUAUAAAGUCGAUCUUAUAAAGUCGAUGAUCAGUAAGGCUAUUGCUCUCCGAUGAGCCCAAUAAAGUGUCUUGGAUUAAGAAAUAUCUUUAAAAAUCUUGAUCUUUUAAAUAGAAUUUCUAAAACUACUCAGUAUCCAAAAAACGGAUUACUCUUUAUUUUUUUUCACUUUUAAGUCUAUUGGCAUUGGGAGUGUUUUUGAAUGCUGGCGUUUCCAUCUGCAUCCUUUCACACACGGUAAUUAAUGAUUUAGCACAAGCUAACAAAGGCAUCAAAGCCACAGUUUAAAAUUCCUAUUACGUUUCUCCAUGCAUAUACAGUGAUUGUAUUUUAUCUUUUUUUUAACUAACACGACUGAAUAUUCAAUUUUGGUGAGAGUAAUUACCUGCCCCCAUAACCUCAUACUGUGAUUAAGUAAAUGUUUUGAGAGAUCGAAAGUGUCCUCCGCUCCCCAUAGAUUUUGUAUCUGUAUGAAUGAGGCACGCUUCCUUUUUCUAAGCCUGUACCAUUUAAUCAUAAUUCGAUAUCUUUGAAUAAUGAUGUUACCAUUUUGUAAAUAUUGACCUACUUAGUUUCUAGCGUCAAAUGACAGUAAAAAUAUUUAGCUUUCUUUUUAAAAUUAUUAUUUUUUAAAAUAAUCAGAUAACAUCGUUCCAUGAAAAAAGAUUUUGAACUUUUAAAUGAAACUAUUGAAAUUAUAUUAUUUUAUUUUGUUUGGUUUUCUUUUUUUGUGUGUGCAAAAAGUGAUAUUAUGUAUUUUACGACAUUGCACUGUCCACGGGAAUUAGUUGGUGGUCGUUUUAUUUUUACCUUUUAAAGAUCACAUUUUGUUAUUAUUAAAACAACAACCAUUUUUU